AUGAAUAAGCCUGCUUCGACCCUGGUCCUCGAAUCAAUGCCUCAGCAAUUAAGAGCAAGACAUGUGGGCGAUGACUGGACAGGGGUUACAAGUCCAGCAGAGAGACGGAAGCGGCAGAAUCGGAUCCAUAAAAGGGCGUAUCGUAUAUCUCAUAGUACCUAUACUCUCUUUCUUUAUUCCCCGCACAGCGAAUCAGUGGCUCAUUUUGUCGCCGCAGAAAAGAAGAGGCAUGAACUCCUCGGCAGUCAGCCGAGCCUGAGCCACCCUUCUGUUGCUCCUACUGGCAAUUCUAGUGAGCAUAUAGAGAGUCAGGUACCAGGUCAAGAUUAUAAGCAUGGCGCGCCUCGACUCGACCACCUCAACAUUAUAGUAAGGGUCAAUGUCCUUGCUGCUUUCGCCCACAACGCGACGCUUCUCGGCUUUAAGUUCAGAGGGUUAUGUUGUUCAAACCUCGUAUUGCCGUUCAACCAACAACAGGGCCCCGACUUGAUCGAAACUGUCACGCCAUCGCAAGGGUGUCCAGACUGGCUUCACCCAACACCGUUACAGAUGACUGUGCGGCACCAUCCCUGGAUCGACCUGAUACCUAUUCCUCGCCUGCGUGACAACAUCUUGCGCACUAUUCAGCAUGGGACUCACGAUAACACUCCUUUAGCUAUGGAUAUUCUCGACGUGCGAGACAUGAGAAGCGAAGCAGCUUGUCUUAUUGUAUGGGGCGAGUCCUGGGACCCCGACGGAUGGGAGGUGGCGCCGCUUACCAUGUUAACCAGUUCAAACCUCACCACGUAA